AUGGCGGCAGCCUCAUCCAUCCAGCCGCCAAGUGUUCACUCCUCUCUAGCCCGGGAUAGCGCACUUUCCCCGGAGAUGGACAGCCCCGAGAGCCGGCAGCCGGAGGAUGAGGAGGCGGCGGCGGCGCAGCCCUGCGAGCCGGCGAUUAGCCUCCGCGACCUGCCGGACCUGGAGCCGGAGGAGAUCGAGAGGAGGCUGGCCAAAACUCGCCAGGAGCUGAGCAACAGGAGGAAAAUCCUCAUUAAGAACCUGCCGCCCGACACCACCAACCAGGAAGUCCAUGAAAUUCUGAAAGAAUACGAGCUGAAGUACUGCUUUGUGGACCGCAACAAAGGCACAGCCUUUGUGACUUUGCUGAACGGGGACCAGGCUCAGGAUGCCAUCCGCUCCCUCCACCACAGCACUGUCCGUGGACGCCUGAUCAACGUCACCCUGCAGCCCACCGACUCCCUGCUCUGCCUCACCAACCUGCCGCACACCUUCACCGCCCAGCAGUUUGAGGAGCUGGUGCGCUCGUACGGAAACAUCGAGCGCUCCUUCCUGGUGUACAGUGAGCUGACGGGCCACUCCAAAGGAUAUGGGUUUGUUGAAUACAUGAAGAAGGACUCUGCUUCACGGGCACGCUCCGAGCUGCUGGGCCGGCCACUGGGGGAUCGAUCGCUGAUGGUGCAGUGGAUGGACGUCAACCAGCUGAGCCAAGAGGAGAACCUGCACUCCAAGUGUCUGUGUGUGGACCGACUGCCGCUGGACCUCUGUGACUCUGAAGAACUGACCCAGCUCUUCUCUGAAACUUACAAACCUGUCUUCUGCCAGCUUGCUCAGGAUGAGGGCAGCCCAGUGCGAGGGUUUGGCGUGGUGGAAUAUGAGAGCGCGGAGCAGGCGGAGGCUGUGCUGAUAGAGAUGGACCGAACGCUGGUGGGAGGACAGGAGGUCCGUCUGUCACUCUGUACCCCCGGCACCUCAGGGAGAAGCACCUUGGCUGCACUCAUUGCUGCCCAGGGUAUGAUUCUGAGUAAUAGGAAAGGCUUGUUACCGGAACCGAACCUGGCUCAGCUGUUGACCAGUAUGACCAACCCUGCUGCCCUGCAGAUCCUCAUGAGACCGUACCACUCUGGGAAAAGAGGAGGAAAGUACGGACGUCACACCAGCCUGCCGUUCCUCAGGCCUCCUCUCACCACAGCUCUGCUCACGCUGGGAAAAGCACACCAGAGCGCUAUGCUUGGUAAUGGACUCGUCCUCCAGAACCUCCUGCACAUGCAGCUCGCACAGCAGCAGCUUCUACACAUCAAAGACAAACGCAUCAGCAGCGUCUCCAGUCUGCUCGGAGACCCAUCCAGGCUGCUGAUGCAGAAAGCCUUGUCUCUGCGGCCUCCAGGCCUCGUUCCACUGGGGAAAGGUCUGCUGGGAGACUCCCCUACAGAGCUGGGCCAGGAGUCGGUGCCAGCGUCUACCCACAAUGCCACAGUAGUGGUUUCAGCGGCAGGUGUGAUGCCGUACCUCCAGGGUCGAGCUGGAGGAGGAGAUCAAAACAGCGCUCAUUCCGUGUCCACGACCCCAUCUGCUUCCUGCUCUUCUUCCUCCUCUUCCUCGUCCGCCUCCACCGCCUGCGAGAGGCAGCCGGCACCUCCGGGGACGAUGGUGAGCUCCCAGCCGCAGGGACAGAGCUAUGCCUUGGGUAUAAGUAACUCAGGCCUUGGCCCCCCUCCACCUAAACCUCCUGGAGGAGUUUAUACGUCAACAGGCCAGCACAACAGCUCAGAUGGCUGCCCCCUGGCUAGCAUGGUAAGCAGCGGUCAGAGUUCUUUGUUGGGGGAUCCUCCUAAAGAAGUGAGGCUGCCCUCUAAUCCAUACCUAAACCUGGCCAGUGUAAUGCCAGGAGUGGUUCUGCAAGGGUCAGUGGGGAGCAAAGCCCAGGGAGGACAGCCUGGCUCCGGGGUGUACGGCGGCUCGGUUGCUCCUGUGGUCUCCCAGGGCUCCGGAUCCUUCUCACACAGUGCGACAGCUACGACCACAGCCCCGUACAGCACUGAUACCUCCACCGACUACAGCCAGUACAACCAAGCCUACACCCAGGAGGCCAUGCAGCAGUGGUACCAGCACUACCAGGCAGCACAAGCUCACACCUACAACACUGCUGCUCCACAGGACAACACAGCCACAGAUUACAGCAAGGAGCACACACAGGCUCCAGCAGUGUCCUCCUACGGCGAUUACAGUUCCUACAUGCAGGCCGUCACUCAGUACUACUCCCAACCGGCAACAGCCAACCAGGCCUAUGCCAGCAAGGAGGUAGAUGUGUGUAAGCCUCUCGGAGUGUCUCUGCAUGCAGUCAGUAACGGCGCGGCUCCUCCACCAGCCGUCCUACCUGCUGCCGCCGUGCUGCCGGCCUACAGCACCCUGCCUUUAAUGCCCAGCUUCCUCGGGGCGCCGCACCCGGCGGCCGCCACACCCAACCCCGUCACGCAUGCGCACACUGCCGCCACCGACUGGAACACCUACUACUAUAACCAGACGAGGGGCCAUAAGAGGGAGUAUCCUCAGCUGGCGGUGCAGGAGGUGACCUCCUCAGACGGUGCCUACAUCGGGCAGCACUCCCAGGGCCUGGGAGGGCAGUACGCCGACUACUUUAAGAGGAAGAGGCUCUAGUAUGAACCAAACCACCUUAAAGCCUAAAGCUUAGGGAGGGAGGCACAAACAGCUCGGAUGUCUGCUGGAUGUCACGGCUCCCUCUAGUGGCCUUUCUGUGGCUGCCAUUUUGCAUCCCUACAGUAGGUAUUGAGUUUAGUAGAAUCAGGGUUGCAAAUGGCUCAAGUGAAAGCAAGCCAUAGUGCUCUUUGAUCUUGGCACUUAUGUACACACACACACACACACACACACACACACACUUACACACUUACACACAUACACAGUGUUGCUUUUGUCCUGUUCAAGCCUUAACUCUUUAACUUAAACUGUUGUUUCUCAGUCAGUGCGUUAACUGUACUUAACUAAUAUUACCUUGUACAUUUUUUCUAAUAUCAUGUAAACUGAAGUAAAUCGUGUCUGUACGUACAAGCUGCUUUUGUAUUUGCAAGCUGGCGACCCGUCUGCCUGCUGACACUGCCCUAGGACUGGUCCCACAGUCAGGUCUCUCUGUCUCCCUUUUAAAAAAAAAAAAAUAAUAAUCUAAACGUGUCUGAUGUCGCACACCCACGCUUUGAUUCGUCAGACGGACUGACAUCUGUUUGUUCCCGCUUCACUGUCUCCUCUCCCGUUCCUUUCGUUGCACAGGUUCCUAUUUAAAUCUCCCUGCUGAGAAUUAGAGCGCGUGUGUGUGUGUGUGCAUGUUUGUGUGUGUGUCGCUAUGCUGUAUCUGUAGGAAGUGUCAGCCAUUUCAAUCCCAAGGUUUGGGAGCACAUCAGGAAAAAAAAAAAGGGGCCUGAACCAAUCAAAGCCCUUAAUUGUGGUGACUUCCAAUAGCUUCCCUCAAUGAAUGGACCUUUCUUAUAAAGACUGGACAGAAAAUAAAAGGCUGGUGUAAAUACUGCAGUGUAAUACAGAAUAUAUAAAGCCAUGCGUAAUAGACAAUAUCAUAUAUAAUGGACUUUCCUUUGUGAGCGUAUUGUAUAACACGAAUGAAAGGAAAAGAUAUAUUAAAUGUCUGAUUUUUUUUUUUAUUAUUUUAAACUAUACUGUUAUAUAUUUGUAAUAUAAUAAUAUUCCAAGGCAAUUCAAGUCAUUUAUUAAUACUGAAUCAAAAUUGUUUUGACUUAAAUGUAGUUAUUUGAUUUGGUUUUUAACUUUUAAGCCAAAUAUUAGGGCGCAGUCCUUUUCUCUUUUCUUUUUUUUUUUUUUAUCUUCUCUUUUCUUGUGAAACAUUUUUCAGGAGGUUUUUGUUGGAACUGUAACAGGAGCUUUACUUUCAUAUCCAGCUGCCAUUUUUCAUAAAGGUUUUACUCUUUAAGUGUCUCCUAAUCCAUACUACAUACUAAUUAGCACAGGUUUGAGUGUGUUUGCACUGCCAUAGCCUGCUCCAAUCACUCACUUGUGAUUUCUGAGUGUGCCGUCGCGGGUCACCGUCCAUCUCGUGAGGAGCAAAUUACAGAUAAAAUUAAAAACUAAUGGUGGAUGACGGUGAAACAACUCCCACGACACCUGGAAAAUCGAAAACAGAGCCAUUUCUUUUUUCUUUUUGGGGGAGAGAAAUUAGCCGUUACAGAGGAAAGUUUAAUCGCUGGUGUAAUUCAAGAGUCACAGUUUGAUUUCACUUGCACAGUGCACAUAUUACAUCAUGCUCUGUCAUUAUAAAACAGUGCAGAUUUUUAAUUCUAACUCUUAAGAAAACAAUAUACAAAGUCGUAUACGAUGUGUGCAGUUGGUAUGUAGUAUACGAUUGGGACCGUCUGGGUGAUUUUCAGCAUUUCUGUUGCUUUUUGCACAUGAAAUGCUUCUAAUAUGCUGCUUUGCAUGUGAAAUUCUGCACCUUAAUUUUGAGUUUUUAAGUGGAGAGAAAGCUAUUUAUUGAUGUUUAUUUUGGCCGAGCUGAAUUUCUUUCCAAGUGGCUUUUACAAAGGAACAUGAUGCCAUGUCUUAAUUUUCUCCUUUGCAAAAACUAACUCCAAUAAUGUAUUUGAUGUAUCUCAUUUCUACCAGUGUCCUUAUUAACAUUAGUGCACAGGCUGUGUGCAGAUGGUUGUUUGGCGUUCGUCACAGCUUUCAGAUUUCAGUUUGGACAUUAGGUUUAGGUGCACAGGCCUCUUGUCUAACAAACCGGCAAUAACUAAUGCUCCUACUGCUGUAGAAAGUUGAAUGUUUAAGUUUGUAGUGAAAAUCUUUUGCCAUUCACGCAGCGUUAUAUACUCAUAGCAGCUCAUACACAAGGUGAAAGCUUCUUUUUUUUUUUAAUGUUUGUGUCUUUACAUUCUGCUCUUAACUAUCUGAUAUAUCUCUGAGAAGAAUAUUGCUUGCAUUGCCAUGGCAACCACGCUCAUCACACACUGUGAAAACCAAUAGAAGGUGAGAUCAGAUAAUGUGUACGCGUCAGUUCAGUCCGUGUGUGAGUUUUUUUUUUUUUAAUCACUGAGGUAACGGCUCACUGUAAACAGGAUGUACAUGAUGUGCACUGACACAACAACGAGAGAGUGUCGCCGCUGAUGUGGGAGCGGUGUCGUGAAGUCCUGAGAAAAAUGGCUAAACAUUAAACUAAGGGCAAUAAACAGACACACACAUUGUCGUGUUUCCCAUUA